AUGAUUCAUUGAUCCGUACUGCUAGUUUUCCGACAAGCUCGCCAUGUGGUCAACAGUUUUCUGUCAAACGUGCCGGAUUUCAAACGUCAUAAGUCACUACAUCGAUAGCGCCUCCUCAAUGUGGCUGAGCAUUCCCUCUGUAGCUGAAAUUCAAAGUAAAGCAUUAAAUAUUCAGAAGGAAGCUACACCGUAGAAAAUUAAGUUACACAUGGAAGCACUAUGGAUCAUUUAAGCAGAGCGACACCAUCCUGUUUCGGAGACUCUGACGGAGGAAAUGAAUGUGGAACAGAUUUUACAUGCCGUGUUAAAAGGUUGUCACCAGACUCCUGCAGGAAGGAAAAACUGCCCUGUCAUAGAGGUGGAGUUUCGCUCAGUCAGCCUUGUAGAAAGUCCACUAGAGCUGCUUCGGCUUUUGGAGCAAAACCUGGUAGAGGUGCCAAAAGAAAGGACCACAGCAAAUACUCUCAGCCCGCCAAACCCGAGGAUGGUCACUCCGAAGACAGUUUCGAAAAGGAUCCAAUCAUUUCACUCCCUGAACAGCUCUUGGAGUUUCCUAAGGAAAAGAUACCUAGGCUUAUCAGAUGCACCCCUUCCAAAGCUCGCCAGCAACAGGAGCUCAAUUUCAAAAUGAACUGCUACACGGCACUACGUAAACGGCGUGAGGAAUUCAGGGAAAGGGUGGUUAAGAUCGUCUCUGCGGCUGAUGAAACGGCCGAUGUGUGUCCUUGUGAUCCUGGAGAUGGCUGGUUAACGGAGGACGAACGAGAACUGCUCAGAUAUUACUAUUACAUUCUACACGGUAUCGACAAUGCUCAUGUUGGACCCAUCGACGUCGCGGUGAUGAAGAAUAUCAUCGCUCUCAUACCCAUUAAUUGGAGAGAACACUUUCCAGAAAUCUUAAAGCAGCUUGAAAAAGAUGCUCUAGACGACUACAUGCUCAGUGUCAAGAAAUCCGUCGUUGAUUUUGUUCUUCAGGAUCCACAGAAGCUAGAAAGUAUGGAAGAAGAAGUGCAAACAGUAUCGAAUGAAAAUUACGAAAUCAAACACUUCCCACCACAGCACAGUAUCCGGUAUAAGACGACCCAAGCAAAGUUAGAAAAGAUUUUGAACUUGUACAACCCUUGCAUUCGCAAGACCCUGGAUCUCUGGUACAGAGAAUUUCAUCAAUUACGGCUGAUAAACAAAAGAGAACUUGAGACCUACGGUGAGAUCUAUGACCUGGAGAGUUUUGACUGGAGAUUUUCACGAAUGGUCGCGAAAGCUAAAGAUGCGUUAUGCAACAAUUGGUUUCCGAAAAUCUUACGCAUAUUUACAGCUGGACAUAAAAAGGGAUUGCUACCAGGUGCAGGCAAUCCAACAAAGAGAGAACAAUUUUUUCACUGUCUGGCAACAAUUAUGGAAUCGCAACUCCGCGAUAUUUGUUUGGAAUCAAUGAAAGACUAUAUGGAUUAUAUUUUGAGCUUUCGAACGAAGAGAAUAUUAAAUGUGAAAAAUUGUGGAUUCAACUUGAACGUGAUCAUAAGAAACAAAACUUUAACGUUCGAGCCCUCCUUCAAGAACUUCACAGACACUUUGAUCACCCUCUUGACUUCACUUCUGGAGGCAGUAAAACAUAUACCUCGCCUUGAAGUUAAAUUAUACAAAGAUUACAACGGACCUCUUAAGGUUUUGCAGCCAGUCAUUCUUCGUGAAGUCAUCGAUAGUUACAGUCAGCAAAUCGUCAAUCUCAUCGAGGACCAACGUGUCGGUCCAGAGCAACGGCUACGGGACUUUGACCAGUACAUGUCAUUGAUCGAUGAUCACGAAAACCGAACGGUUUUUGAGUUCAUAGACGCAGAUCCUCCGCAUAAUCUGCAAGAAUACGUUGUGCUAAUCGACAAGUUUCACCAGCUCAGCAUAGACAUCCCUGUGAUGAAUGAACACACGGUUUUCGUGGGAAUGUUUGCCAUACGAAGAACGCAUCUGAUUGAAAGUAUCGCAGCAAUGGCAGCUGCUCAGAAAGAAACCCUUGUAUUGGAGAUGGUUUCAGAUUAUCAGCACAAAUGUAGAUUGAUCUGCGAGGAAUAUGAAGCCAUUGCUGAUCAAGCCCUCUGCACUCCCCCAGGGACUCCUGAACUCAUGCAGCUUAUAAAGUUUGUAAAGAAAGCUGAAAAUGAAUUGGUGUGUUUGCUUGAAGAGAGGCUAAGAGAAGUUUUGCAGUACAUCAUAUUUUUGACAGAUUACUCCCUACUCACACCUGUCGAAAUAAAAUCAGUGAAUGCUGCUUUUAAUUGGUGCUACCGCAUGCCUUCUGUCUUCGAAGAACACCGAGAAAUAGUGGCACAGAAAACGAUUGAAUAUCAGGAAGUUCUGUCAGUACGAAUUCAAAAAUUCGAACAAGACUUACAGCUAUACUGGAAGCAGUGUGAUGAAAUACAGUAUUGGGGUAAUGUAGAUGAGAUAUUUCGUUACAAAAAGAAGACCACGAGUCUUGAGAACAGACUAAUCGCGGCUAUGGAUAGAAUUGAAAGAUUCAACGAGGAGGAACAAAUGUUCGGCUGGGAAUUGUCGCAGUAUCCACUUCGUAAAAAGAUUGCUGACAGACUGAUGCCCUACAAAAAGUUGUUCGAUGCUGCAUGCGAGUUUCUUUCUAACUAUGAAAAGUGGACAAGCGCUCAAAUCGGGUCAUACGAUCCUGAAACAAUCGAGUCAGACGUUGGCGUUGCUUAUCGAAUAGUCUACAAGCUCGAAAAGACCUUCCAGGAACCAAUCCCCAGGAAAUUGGCUGAGACAAUCAAAUGUAAAAUCGAGGAAUUCAAAGAACACCUACCCGUCAUAAUGACGCUGGGAAAUCCUGGACUGAAGGCUAGACAUUGGGAACAGGUUUCGGAACUCGUUGGUUUUCCCAUUAAAGUUGAUCAUAACAUGACGCUGGCAAAGAUAUUAGAUUUCGGGCUGGACGAGUACGUGGAUAAGUUUGAGGCCCUCUCUGAGGCUGCAACGAAAGAGAACAACUUGGAAAAAGCUCUUCAGAGAAUGCACACUGAUUGGACAGAGAUGGAGUUCACGGUCACUCCAUAUCGCGAUACUGGAACAUACGUUGUGGCCAGUGUAGAUGAUAUCCAGCUGCUGCUGGACGACCAUCUGACCAAGGCUCAGACGAUGAAGAACUCUGUCUACAUUAAACCGUUUGAGAGUGAGACUCUAGAAUGGGAAGCCAAACUUCAUUUACUACAAGAUAUUAUCGAUUAUUGGUUGAAAGUGCAAUCAACAUGGAUGUAUCUCGAGCCAAUUUUCUCCUCUCCUGACAUCCAGCAGCAGAUGCCCGAAGAGGGACGCCGCUUCAAUGCUGUUGACAAGAUUUGGCGAGACAUCAUGGGCACUGUGAUAUCCAAUCCCAGAGUUUUGACGGUAGUCGAAAUUGAAAAAAUGCUCGAUCGUCUCCAAAAAAGUAUGGGGCUCUUGGAACUGAUUCAAAAAGGAUUGAAUGAAUAUUUGGAAAAAAAGAGAUUGUACUUUGCUAGAUUUUUUUUCCUAUCGAAUGACGAGUUAUUGGAAAUUUUAUCCGAAACCAAGGAUCCAACUAGAGUUCAACCUCACUUAAAAAAAUGUUUCGAAGGAAUAGCAAAAUUGAAUUUCACCGAAGACAUGGAAGUCACUGCAAUGAGAUCGUCCGAAGGCGAAGAAGUUACACUCGAGUUUAUAAUCGACACUUCAGCAGCUCGGGGACAGGUUGAAAAGUGGCUCUUACAGCUCGAAGAUGACAUGAAAAAAAGUGUACGCGCUAUGGUUAUAAAUGCGAAAAACACCUAUCCAAAAAAGCUCAGGUCAAAGUGGGUGCUGGACUGGCCAGGGCAGACCGUUCUCUGCAUCGGACAAAUGUACUGGACGGCCGAAGUCACUGUAGCUUUUUCUCAAGGGCAGAAAGGGCUGAAGGAAUAUAUUGAAAAGUGCAACUACAAUUUGAAUCAGAUCAUCAUUCUAGUGCGUGGAAAACUGUCCGUCCAAAAUCGCACGACAUUAGGAGCGCUAGUCACGUUAGAUGUUCAUGCUCGAGAUGUUUUGGUGGGAUUGUGGGAAGAUCAAGUUGAGUCGGAAACGGAUUUCAAAUGGCUGUGUCAGAUGCGUUACUACUGGCAGAUGGAUAACUUGCAAACAAUGAUGAUCAAUUCUUCGUUGAGCUACGGUUACGAAUAUCUAGGAAACUCACCGCGACUUGUUAUAACCCCGUUGACAGACAGGUGCUACAGAACAUUGUUCGGUGCUUUAAGUCUUCAUCUUGGUGGAGCUCCAGAGGGUCCUGCAGGUACUGGCAAGACAGAGACUACCAAAGACCUGGCAAAGGCUGUCGCGAAGCAGUGCGUCGUAUUCAAUUGUUCCGAUGGGUUGGACUACCUUGCCCUUGGUAAAUUUUUCAAGGGCCUAGCAUCAUGUGGAGCGUGGUCAUGCUUCGACGAGUUCAAUCGCAUCGAUCUCGAAGUCCUCUCGGUAGUCGCUCAACAAAUUCUUACCAUCCAACGCGGUAUUCAAUCGGGAAAGCAAACGCUUAUUUUCGAAGGCACUCAACUGACCCUGGAUCCAACCUGCGCAGUUUUUAUCACAAUGAAUCCUGGCUAUGCCGGAAGAUCGGAGCUUCCGGACAACUUGAAAGCUCUUUUCCGUUCUGUUGCCAUGAUGGUACCAGAUUACGGAUUAAUAUCAGAGAACACAUUGUACUCAUAUGGCUUCUAUAACGCGCGACCAUUGUCCGUAAAAAUCGUGAUGGCCUACAGACUCUGCUCGGAACAGCUGUCAAGUCAAUGCCAUUACGAUUACGGAAUGAGAGCCGUGAAAUCCGUACUCGUAGCUGCUGGAAAUUUGAAAUUGAAGUAUCCAAACGAGAAUGAAGAUAUACUGAUGCUACGCAGCAUUAAAGAUGUCAACCUUCCGAAAUUCCUCAGUCAUGACUUGCCACUAUUUCAUGGCAUUGCUUCAGAUCUUUUCCCUAACGUGGUUCUUCCUGAACCUGACUAUACUGAUUUGAAUACUUGCGCUCGGGACGCGUGUGAAAAGGCUAACAUUCAAUGCACACCAGUAUUCCUCGAAAAAAUCCAGCAAAUAUUCGAAAUGAUGAUUGUGAGGCACGGCUUCAUGAUCGUCGGGUAUCCUUUUGGCGGAAAAACUACAGCUUACAGAAUGCUCGCUGACGCAUUGGAGUUGAUCGAGCAACGGCAAUUAAUGGACGAGCAUAAAGUUGAGAUAACUGUAAUUAAUCCGAAGUCUAUUACGAUGGGUCAACUUUACGGACAGUUUGAUGGGGCAUCACAUGAGUGGAGCGACGGGGUACUAGCUGUAAGUUAUCGGGCCUUCGCCGUGUCCACAAAUGAUAAUCGCAAGUGGCUAAUAUUCGAUGGGCCUGUGGACGCGGUGUGGAUAGAAAACAUGAAUACUGUUUUAGACGAUAAUAAAAAGUUGUGCCUAAUGAGCGGAGAGAUUAUCCAGUUGGCACCAACUACCAAUUUGAUUUUCGAACCGAUGGACCUUGAGGUCGCCUCGCCUGCUACGGUAUCUCGAUGUGGUAUGAUUUACAUGGAACCAGUGGCCUUAGGGUGGACACCCUUGCUAUUGUCUUGGCUUCAAGAAAUUCCGAAGGCAAUAGGAGAAUGGCUCAAGAACUUCGUGAGAGACUGCCUAUUUUACCGUUUUUGUCGACCAUUGUUGCAUUUAUUACGCAGAGGUGGCGUCACGGAACUCGCACCGAUGCCUGAUUCAAAUCUAGUACGGUCACUGAUGUACCUCAUGGACUGCUUCUUGGAAGAUUUUCACGACGAAAAGUUUUUGGAAGGUAUGUCUGACAUGGACCUCAGGGCACAAACAGAGGGCUCGUUCUUUUUCUCCUGUAUCUGGGCUAUGGGUGGAACACUAGAGGCACGUUACAGAGAAAAGUUCAGUAGACUCUUCCGAGGUUUACUGGAAAAAGAAUUUCCCACAGUCCUACUGGAAGAGUUUAGAUUGACCAAACCUGUUGAUCCUCCAAUCAAACCAUACAUAUUCAUCAUGCCAAAGGACGGGCUUGUUUUCGACUACAGAUUCAUACGAGAGGGUAAAGGGAAAUGGAAACUAUGGUCCGAUGAAUUGAUAAAUGCACCACCCAUUCCCCGUGAUAUACCAGUAAAUCAGAUUAUCGUGCCAACGGUAGAGACAGUGAGGUAUACAACCCUCUUCCAAUUACUGGUCCAACAUCAAAAGCCUGUACUUUUUGUGGGCCCGACCGGCACUGGAAAAUCAGUUUACAUCGUUGACUUUCUGCUGAAAAAGAACAACACAAAUAUCUAUAAACCAUUAUUCAUCAAUUUCUCGGCACAGACAACCGCUAAUCAAACUCAAGACAUCAUUAUGAGCAAGCUAGAUAAACGUAGAAAAGGUGUAUAUGGUCCGCCGAUUGGAAAGAGAUGGGUCAUUUUUGUAGACGACGUUUCUAUGCCUUUAAAAGAAAUCUACGGAGCGCAGCCUCCGAUCGAGUUGUUGAGGCAAUGGCUGGACCAUUGGCAGUGGUAUGAUAGAAAAGAAAUUGUCCCGAUGAAACUUAUCGAGAUUCAGUUGAUGUGUGCCAUGGGACCACCCGGUGGUAGUGGUAAAGAUGUUACACCACGGUUCAAACGUCAUUUCUUCACAUUAACUAUAUCCGAGUUCGAAGACGACGUUAUGAUCACAAUAUUUAGUAAAAUUGUUCUCUGGCAUUUAGAUACUAGGGGAUUUAGCAAAGAGUUUGAUCCAUGCAUUGAACAGAUUGUAAUGGCAACCAUGGACAUCUACAAAGAGAGUCUCAGGCAUCUCUUGCCAACUCCUGCUAAGUCCCACUACUUAUUCAAUCUUCGUGAUUUCUCGAGGGUAAUACAGGGUGUACUCUUGUCUGUUCCGGAAACAAUGCCCACACUGGUCAAUAUGAAACGACUAUGGGUUCAUGAGAUCCUCCGGGUAUACGGCGACAGAUUGGUCGACGAGACAGACACCAAUUGGCUUAUCGACCAGCUUCACAGAACCGUUCAGGAGAGAAUGGAAAUAGACAUGGACUAUAUGUUCAGCGAUUUGACCGCGGAUAAGAAAGGACCUGUCGGGGACUUCGAACUUCGGAACUUGUUAUAUUGCGACUUCUCUGACCCAAAAGUUGACAUACGCCAGUACCAGGAAGUCCAGGACUUGGAUAACCUCAGAGUAAUCGUCGAAGCGUAUCUUGCAGAGUUCAACUCGAUGACAAAAAAGCCAAUGAAUCUGGUGCUAUUCAGAUUUGCAAUUGAGCAUCUUUCAAAAAUAUGCCGGAUCAUAAAGCAGCCCCGAAGCCAUGCCCUGCUGGUUGGAGUUGGAGGAUCCGGAAGACAGUCCCUUACCAGAUUGGCCGCACACAUUUCCGAGUACGAACUUUUCCAAGUCGAAAUCAGCAAACAAUAUGGUAGCAAUGAGUGGCAUGAUGAUCUCAAAGUCAUCCUGACAAAAAGCACCGCAACAGAUCUACAUUCUACUUUCCUUUUCACCGACACGCAGAUCAAGGAAGAAAGCUUUUUGGAGGACAUUAGCAAUAUGUUGAAUUCUGGAGAGGUGCCGAAUCUAUUUUCCGCUGACGAGAGAGCAGAAAUUUGUGAAAAAAUGCGACAGAUCGAUCGCCAAAGAGAAAAGUCUGUGCAGACUGACGGCAGUCCAGUAGCACUGUUCAACUUCUUCGUCCAAAUUGCUCGCGAUCAAUUACAUAUCGUUGUGGCAAUGUCUCCAAUCGGCGAUGGCUUUCGCAACAGAAUCCGGAAAUUCCCAGCUCUGGUUAAUUGCUGUACCAUUGACUGGCUCCAGCCGUGGCCAGAGGAUGCACUACUAGCGGUGGCGACUCGAUUUUUGGGUGAAAUUGAACUUCCACAAGAGGAAAGGAUUGCUUGCAUUGACAUGUGUCAGUACUUUCAUAUGUCAACGCAGCAGAUGAGUAAGGAAUUCUUUACAAGGGUACGCCGGAAGACAUAUGUCACCCCAACGUCAUACUUGGAAUUAAUCAACACGUUCAAAUCUCUAUUAGAAAAGAAAAGAAGCGAGGUGAUAUUUGCAAAAACGCGAUACGAAGGAGGUCUGGAUAAACUAGACAACACCAAUCAACAAGUCAAAGAAAUGCAAGAAACCUUAAGGGAAUUACAACCAAUGCUCGUCACUGCAGCGAGUGAAGUUCAGCAAAUACUUGAGCAUGUUGAAGCCGAGAGUGUCCAAGUAGCUGAAGUAGAGAAAGUUGUUAAAGUAGAUGAAGAAGCAGCGCAGGAAGUAGCAGCAGCAGCAUCUAAAAUCAAGUCAGAAUGUGACGCAAACUUAGAGCAAGCAAUGCCAAUUCUGAAUCGUGCUAAUGCCGCUUUGAACACUCUGACACCUGCCGAUAUCGCGGUGGUCAAAACAAUGAAAAAUCCACCUGCUGGUGUGAAACUAGUAAUGGAAAGCGUCUGCAUUCUCAAGGAAGUCAAACCGGAAAGAGUGCAAGGACCUGAUGGAAAGUUGUGCGAUGAUUAUUGGAAAGCAUCGUUAAAAGUUUUGAGUGACAUGAAGUUCAUGGAUUCCUUGAUAAAUUAUGAUAAGGAUAAUAUCCCUGAACGCGUGAUGGAGAAGAUACGAAAAGAUUAUCUAACCAACAUAAAUUUCGAUCCUGACAAAAUCAAGACUGCAUCAACUGCCUGCGAAGGCUUAUGUCGCUGGGUUUAUGCUAUAUCCGAGUACGAUAAAGUCGCUAAAGUCGUUGCCCCGAAGAAGAGGGCUUUGGCCGAAGCGCAAGCAAAGUACAACGACGCCAUGGGUGAACUUGCGAUCAAGCGCGAACAGCUUCGACAAGUCCAGGCAAAACUGACGGCACUUGAAGACGUCUUACGGACUCGUAAGGCCGAUUACCAGGGAAUGAUGGAUAAGGUUACAGACUGUGAGCAAAAACUGAGACGAGCUGAAGAACUCAUAGGAGGCUUAGGAGGUGAAUACACGCGGUGGUCCGAGAGUGCAAAGUCGUUGGGUGAAAGAUAUUUCCAACUAACUGGAGACAUUAUAAUCGGUUCGGGGAUAGUGGCAUACCUUGGCCCUUACACGACCCCGUUCCGUGUGGGCCAAAUUGAGAAAUGGGUGAAACUGUGUACUGACUUAAAAGUAACAUGUACCGAAGAUUUUCAAUUGAGGGAUACUUUGGGCGAUCCUGUGCUUAUUCGAUCGUGGAAUAUAUUUGGUCUCCCCAGUGAUUCAUUCUCUAUCGACAAUGGGAUUAUAGUAACAAAUGCUUGUCGAUGGCCACUCAUGAUCGACCCUCAAGGACAGGCCAACAAGUGGGUGAAGAAUAUGGAAAAAGCAAACAACAUGAGCAUCAUUCGCCUAACACAAGGAGACUAUACAAGAGCUCUGGAAAACGCAAUACAAUUUGGACUUCCGCUUUUAUUAGAAAACGUUGGCGAAGAGCUGGAUGCUUUGCUGGAACCAGUUCUGAUGAAGCAGACCUUCAAGCAGGGUGGAGCACUAUGCAUUAAGCUAGGAGACACAAUAGUGGAAUACAGUAAUAAUUUCAGAUUCUACAUUACAACGAAGCUGCAGAAUCCUCACUAUUUGCCUGAAGUAGCAGUAAAGGUGACGUUGCUAAAUUUCAUGAUCACACCCGGUGGACUGGAAGAUCAACUCCUGGGAAUAGUAGUUGCAAAAGAACGACCAGAUCUUGAGUCAGAGAAAAAUGCUCUAAUCGUUCAAGGAGCUGCCAAUAAAAAAAUGUUAAAAGAGACUGAAGACAAAAUCUUGGAAGUUCUGUCAGCUUCUGAGGGUAACAUCCUGGAGGAUGAAGGAGCCAUUAGCAUUCUGAGCUCGUCGAAAAUUUUGAGCAACGAUAUUCAAAUCAAGCAAGCAGCAGCCGAAGUCACUGAGAAGUCGAUCGACGUUGCUCGACUGCAGUACACUCCGAUCGCAGUUUACUCUACGGUUCUGUUUUUUACUAUAGCUGUAUUGGCCAACAUAGAUCCGAUGUAUCAGUAUUCACUGGCCUGGUUUGUUAAUCUCUUCAAGGCAGCUAUCGAAAACACUGAGCAGCUCGACGACGUGCAAUUACGCUUGGCCGACUUGACGAAAUACUUUACGUAUUCUCUUUACGUCAAUAUAUGUCGCUCUCUAUUCGAAAAGGACAAGCUACUAUUCUCAUUUCUACUCGUCAUUAAUUUAUUGAACAAAGACGGACAAGUCUCAAUGUCUCAUUGGAUGUUUCUUUUGACGGGUGGAAUUGGCUUAGACAAUCCAUUUGAAAAUCCAACUAAUUGGCUUCCAGUCAAAUCUUGGAACGAACUCUGCAGAUUGGAUACCGUUGAGGGUUUCAAGGGAAUCAAAGAAUCGUUUACUGCUAAUUUAUCAGCUUGGAAGUCAGUCUUUGACGAUAAGCAACCGCAAUAUGCAACUCUACCUGUUCCGUUCGAUAAUGUUAAGCAAAUGGAACGAAUGUUGAUCCUCAGAUGCAUUCGACCGGACAAAAUUGUACCAGCAGUUCAGGCUUUCGUUGAAGCCGAAAUGGGUAGGCAGUUUGUGGAGCCUCCACCUUUCGAUCUAGCAGCAUCAUAUGCCGAUUCUCACUGCUGCAUACCGCUUAUCUUCGUUUUAACACCUGGAGCCGAUCCGAACCAAGUACUGCUAAAGUUUGCCGAUGACCAGGGAUUUGGAGCAGAAAAACUGUUUUCUUUGUCAUUAGGACAAGGCCAAGGCCCAAUAGCUGUGAAGCUGAUCAACGACGGAGUGAAAUUCGGCUAUUGGGUGGUACUUCAAAACUGCCACUUGGCCAAGAGUUGGAUGAGCACUUUGGAGAAGAUCUGCGAGGGUUUGCUUCCUGAUACGAUCCACCCUGACUUUCGAUUGUGGCUGACCAGCUACCCUGCUGAUUAUUUUCCAGUAUCAGUUCUCCAAAAUGGUGUCAAAAUGACCAACGAACCACCAAGUGGCCUUCGCGCAAACAUCAUACGCUCAUAUCUAAGUGAUCCCAUCUCGGAUUCCGAUUUCUACGAAUCCUGUACCCAAAGCGACUCCUUUAAGAAACUUCUGUACUCUUUGUGUUUUUUCCACGCAAUUGUGCAAGAGAGAAGGAAAUUUGGGCCCAUCGGGUGGAACACUCCGUACGAGUUCAACGAGACCGAUUUGCGAAUCAGCGUAUUCCAGCUUCACAUAUUUCUAAACCAAUACAGUGACGUGCAGUAUGAGGCUCUUAAAUACUUAACAGGGGAGUGCAAUUACGGAGGAAGGGUUACCGACGAGUGGGAUAGACGGACAUUGGUCACAAUCUUGGCUAAGUUUUACUGCAAGGAAGUCGUCGAACAAGAAAUUUACUACUACGAUUCAUCAUCUACGAUUUAUUAUUGUCCAUCUGCUAAAGAAUACGAAGCCUAUAUGGAGUACACCAGAAACUUGCCCUUGAUUACUGGACCAAGUGUGUUUGGGAUGAACGAGAACGCAGACAUCAUCAAGGAAGGGCAAGAAACUGAUCUUCUGUUCCAAUCAGUGCUCUUAACUCAGGAUCGGACGGACCUAUGGAUGCUGGAGAAACUGAAGGAAACCGGUGAUACGGACAGCAGCGGCAAAUCAGCAGAUGAAAUCGUGUUUUCGGUAUCCAGCGAUAUUUUGAACAAAUUGCCAAAUGACUUUGAUCUUGUCGAAGCUUUAGAACGCUAUCCAACCUCAUACAAUCAAAGUAUGAAUACUGUUCUGGUUCAAGAAAUGGGACGAUUCAACAAGCUUCUACAGUGCAUUAGAAGUAGCCUUAUCAAUGUUCAAAAGGCAAUCAAAGGAUUUGUGUCCAUGUCUUAUGAGCUGGAAGAAGUCGUGGGAUCCAUUUUGACCGGAAGAAUCCCUGGAUUAUGGAAACAGAAUUCCUAUCCGUCAUUAAAACCGCUCGGCAGCUAUGUUAACGAUUUUCUACAACGAUUGGCUUUCCUGCAGCUCUGGUUCGAAGAGGGUCCGCCGAUUACUUUCUGGAUAUCCGGGUUCUAUUUCACGCAAGCAUUUCUCACUGGAGCUAGGCAGAACUACGCAAGAAAGUAUCACAUCCCCAUCGAUCUCCUAGUAUACGAUUUCAUGCCACAAAAGGAAAAGAAUUUCACGCAGCCUCCGGAAGACGGUAUCUACAUUUACGGACUGUUUCUAGACGGUGCCAGGUUUAAUAUGACUCAAAUGAUGCUGGAUGAAAGUCUUCCAAAAGUCCUUUACGACGAUGUGCCUUUCCUCUUGUUAACGCCAAUGAAAAAAGAAGACGUACCCGAGAGACUUACUUACACUUGUCCAGUGUACAAAACGAGUGAACGUAGAGGUGUUCUAUCCACCACUGGUCAUUCUACAAAUUUUGUAAUCGCUAUAUGGCUCCCAACGAACAAACCACCUGAACACUGGAUCAUUCGAGGGGUGGCAAUGCUAUGUCAACUUUCUCAGUGAUCCAAUAUCCUCAUCGAGAAUAAAUAGAUAUGAUCUUACCUUUAAGUAUAAUUGCAGAUAUCAAGCAGUCUUGUUUUUUUAAUUAAUCAAUUUUAAUCCGUCUUAUUUGACGGUGCUAGAUUAUAAUAUGAACCAAAUAGUCAACGAGAUUUACUGUAAUCCAAAAAGGUAAGUAAUUACGUUGUUGAUUUAUAAUUAUUAAAUUGAAUACCGGUGAACUAUCAAGAAAAGUGCUCACUGAUUCAACUGAAACGGCGGAAACUAUUCAGGAUGUAAUUAUUUGCAUAGCAAGUAUUUGACCUAAUAAUCAAUUAUAUGACGAAAUGAUAUACAAUAAAUAUGUAAACAGCUGAU